AUGCGUGCAAGUAAAAGAGGUGGCAUAUUGUAUGUGAUUAAUUUAUUUACGUCUACUUGGAACAUCUGUAGUGCUUACGCGCCACAGGUAAGCCUGGGUGAAGAGGAGAAGAAGAAAUGUUGGGGGGUUUUGGACGAGGUAGUUAGAGGUGUGCCUAGUUUGGAGAAGAUUUUCAUAGGAGGGGAUUUCAAUGGGCACAUCGGGUCAUUGCCGAUAGGUUAUGCUGAUGUGCAUGGAGGCUUUGGGUUCGGGGUUAGGAAUGAUAAGGGAGCUGCUUUGUUGGAUUUUGCUAAGGCCUUUGGGUUGGUGGUAGUGAAUUCCAGCUUCUCGAAGAAGAAGAAGCAUCUGGUUACUUUCCGAAGUAGGGUUGGCCGGUUUCGGAGGGAUUGGUGGUGGAAUGAAGAAGUUAAGAAGAAGAAGGUGGAGUCGAAGAAGACGGCUUAUGCUAAGUUGGUUGAGAGUAAGGAUGAAGGGGAGAAACAGGGAUUAGAGGAGAGAGGUGGAGAAAAAAAGUUGUUUAGGCUUGCUAAGGCUUGGGAGUGGAAGGGUCGGGAUCUGAAUCAAGUAAAGUGCAUUAAGGGGGACGAUGGCAGGGUUUUGGUGGAGGACGCUCUCAUUAAGAAAAGAUGA